AUGGCCCUCAUCACCCGCCCACCUCGCCCCUCACAUGUCCCUCAUCACCCGCCCACCUCUCCCCUCACAUGGCCCUCAUCACCCGCGCCCACCUCGCCCCUCACAUGGCCCUCAUCACCCGCCCACCUCGCCCCUUGUUUCGCCCUCACUGAAUGCUGCCCUUCUCUUCCCUCUUCCAUCUCGUCCUCAGCUGUCCCAUAUUCCCGUGCGAGUAAACGAGCGAGGUCUGACGACGAAGUGGGAGCCACAGACGAAGGCGUGACGAAGUCUUCCCCUACUGACCACCAAGCAGUUCAGUCGUCACGCGCUUGCCACUCGCCCCUGGUAUCUCCUUCGUCGAUUCCUUCCCAUGCCCAAGAAUCGUCAGACGCUCAGUCCUUGGCCAUGCUUCCUGCACUUUCAUCUUCAGGCUCUCCUCUGCCCCCACCACCUCCUUUAAAUUCCACUUCCCCUCAUACAAACCUUGCCUCACCUCCAUCAGCAGCCACCCCUCCUUCUCAUCCGUGUAGCUCUUCGUCGUCUCUCGAGGCUCAUUCCUCCAUCAGGGACCUCACUAAUAGCACCAGGAAAGAUCCUCCCAGAGAUCAUCGGACGUUUGAGACCGUUGACUCUUCAGCUGGAAGCUUCCAGGUAAAGGUUGACCGUUCAAGUCCCAAUAUUGCGGACAGUUCGCAAAAUCAAUCAUCGAAUGCGUUGGACACACUCAUGAGACUUUUCCCAGGGCGACGAGUUCCAGUUUUGGAAGCCGUGCUGCUUCACAGCGGAGGAGACGUUCUACGAGCCAUCCAAACUCUGCUGUACUCCUCCGGCACCACAGAAUCUUCAGAUACUGGCUACAAGAACGGAAAUGAAACAGCAGCUGAUAAUUUAAAUAUUAACAGCCGACUUAACCAACGGGUAGUGGCCGAUAGUCGCAAUGUGACUCGUUCUUCACCUUCGCAUCUGCCGCCACCACCGCCGACCAUCCAGCGGUCUCCUGAACCUCACCGGCCCUACGACUUCUUCCAGGACCCAAACAACAUGCUCAGGUCGCCUGCCUUUAGCCCGCUCUCCACCAGCAGCCUCGGUCGCUUCCCGUACUCACAUCACGCGUUCUUGGGACUUCCAUACUCUCCUUUCCUGCAUCCAAGGCCUGAAUAUUAUCCGCCUUUGAAUCUAUCCGCACACCAGCCCAUUCCUCCACCCUUGUCCCCCACCUCGGUACAUUCAUCGUAUCCACUCUUGCAUCACACUUCUACCUCUCCUCUGCCCAACGACCAGUCGCUCUCACCCUCGUCCACUCACGAGCAGGACUCCGAUUGA